GUUUUUUCCAGCAGACCGCGUCGCGAGCCUGAAUUUAUGAAAUACAUGGUGUGCAUACUACUGCUCAUACUAAGUAGUGCAUACCAAAUCCAAAUCUACCGUUUCAAACGUUAGUAUCAAAAUUCUGAUCUCAACAUCGUUGCCGAGAUGCUUCGACAGGAUUUCAAUCGCCCCGACAUCAAGCGACGGGCUCUUGCAGACCACCGCAAGAAACAGUUUGCCGACCCGACUUAUCAGGCGACGGAAUAUCAUCAUCGCCUUAACUUUUAUGCCACGCCUCCAACCGCAGACAUUACUCUGGAGCAAUUUGAACAGUGGGCCAUUGAUAGAUUAAAAGUGCUCGCCGAACUCGAAGCAUGCUCGUUUCGCAACAAGUCCUUGGCCGAAACGGCUUCACACAUGAAGCCCUUGCUUGAAAAGUAUCUCCUCCUUCAGCCGAACACCUCGUCCUCUUCAAAGCUCUUCGAGGAGCGCCAGAAAGAUCACUACAGCCACUUUAUUUUACGACUAGCCUUUGCGUCGACCGAGGAUUUGCGCCGGAGGUUCAGCCGCGUGGAGACGAUGCUGUUCCGCCUUCGAUUAAAUGAUGAAGGCUACCGCGAGAAGGAUGCCUUUAUAAAGGAUAUCAACCUGGACUGUGAACAAGUGACAGAGGACGAAUGCAACAAAUAUCGAGAUGAGCUGGCCGCUAUCACAGGUUUCAAAAAAGGCUCCGAGGAGGAGACGUGGAUUAAAGUGGACUGGGAAAGAGUGCCGGAUCUGGUUGAGUCUCGGCGGGUGUUCAUGAGAGCUGGCAAAGCUUAUGUGCCUUCAAAGGAACAGUCAAGCAUGGUGGUAGCAGAGUUUACAAAGCGACUGGAUCGUGCAUUAGAAUUAACAGCUCGAGCUUUGCCGCGGCUCGACGAAGACGACCGACUUACGCCUAUACUGGACCAUCUAUCCAAGAACUUCAUCACUCCAGACGCUUCCUACACAAGUUCGACAUCGUCGGUUGCUGGUGCUGAUAUCUCGGCCCGGAACAUCGACAGCCUUUCGGCACAUUUCCCUCUGUGCAUGCAAAAUCUACACAGAUCUUUGAGACGAGACGCACACCUGAAGCAUUUUGGCCGUUUGCAGUACACGUUAUUCUUGAAAGGGAUUGGUCUGAACUUGGAAGAGUGUUUGAUUUUUUGGAGGAGUGCUUUUCAUAAAAUUACAGAUGACACCUUCAACAAAGAGUACAGAUAUAAUGUACGACACUCAUAUGGUGACGUUGGUGGUGACUCGAAUCGGCGCGGUGGUGGUUACUCUCCUUUCUCGUGCCAGAAGAUUCUAACAGAGCAUCCGCCUGGUCCUGGUGAAGCGCACGGCUGCCCAUACCGCCAUUUCAGUCUUGAAAACCUCACAGCACUCCUACAGGGUGUAGGUAUCACAGAUAGAUCUGUUCUCAACGGUGUCAAAGAGGACAAGGAGAGCCAAAAGUUUCACAUGGCCUGCAAUCGGGUUUUUGAGCAUGUUCAUAAGAAUGAGAUUAAGAAGGCCAAGGAGGAAAGCAUCAUGACUUCAGCACAACUCGAGACUAUUGUACAUCCAAAUGAGUAUUUCAAGCGCAGCUAUUUGUUGAAGAAUUUGGGCAAGGCAAACGGCGACGACAUAAAGAUGGAGGACUCUUAGAUACUAUUGACACAAUGCGCGGCUCAUGAGAGUUCUUUUCACUUAAAACCAGACGCGACCUGGUCAAAUUACUACUAACAAAUACGAUGUGCCGCAACAUUGCU